AUGGACUCUACCCGCCCAGAGCUGCAGCAGGCAGACUCCAUUGAGUUGAAGAGCAACCCGGAUCCACGAGAGAGUACCCUCAAGCUAAAUGUGCCCAAUCUCGGAGAGGACGUCGCACAGAGUCAGCCUGACGGUCCAAAGGGAGAACGCAAGGCCAAGACGUUCUGGCUGGUUCUCGCUUCGCUUGUAGUUUCUAUCUUCAUUGUAACUCUCGAGGCGACGGCGGUGGGCAAUGUUCUCCCCACCAUUGCCAGUGAUCUACACAUCGCUCAAUUCAUCUGGAUUGGUACCACGUACCAACUUGCCUCGACUGCAUGGCUUCCGCUGGGUGGAGGUUUAGCUCAGAUUUUUGGACGGCGCCCUGUGAUGCUCGCUUCACUCGUUGUCUUUGCCGUUGGCGGUGCUGUGUCGGGGGCGGCCAACGGGGAAGCCAUGUUGUUCACGGGCCGAACCAUACAGGGUUUGGGCGCCGGGGGCGUCUACACCCUCAGCUCAAUCAUACUGUCAGAUUUGGUGCCAUUGCGCGAACGUGGCAUUUAUAACGGUCUGUUAGGACUCGCCUGGACCGCUGCUGCUGGCAUUGCUCCUGUUGUGGGAGGUGCUCUGGCGCAGACGGGGCAGUGGCGAUGGCUUUUUUACAUGACUAUCCCAAUUGCGGGGUUCUCUGCAACAUUGGUUUUGUUCUUUGUGAGACUACCAACGCCACCAGGAAACUUACGAUCGAAGCUCGAACAGAUCGAUUGGAUUGGAAACUUUACAGUUAUGGGAAGCUCCACCGCGAUAGUCAUUGCAAUGACAUGGGGAGGAGUGCUCUAUCCGUGGUCAGCAGCGCGCGUGCUAGUGCCUUUGAUCCUCGGCUUUGUUGGACUCGCCGCCUUCCUGCUCUAUGAGGCACUCUGGGCAAAAUAUCCGCUUGUUCCGAUAUCGCUUCUCCGGAACAGAACGACCCUCAGUGGAUAUAUACAAACUCUGGUGCUCUCGAUUCCGACGCAGGGCCUUGUUUACUACUUGCCGGUCUACUAUCAGGCGUGCAAGAACGCUUCACCUAUUGCUUCAGGUGUCGAUCUCUUUGGUACUGCAUUCACGAUUGCUCCUAUGAGCGUCGUUUCUGGUGUUAUCAUCACAGUCACGAAGAAAUAUCGACCCCCGAUUUGGUUCGGGUGGGGCUUGGUGCUGAUUGGCCACGGCCUUCUCAGUACCCUUCAUGCUGAUACUAGUCGCGCAAAGUCAAUUGGAUACCAGAUUAUCCUUGGCAGCGGUAUAGGUCUCGUAUACAGCUCCAUCUAUUUUCCUGUCCUUGCUCCGCUACCCGUGUCGUCGAACGCUCCUGCACUAGCUCUGUACAUGUUCCUACGCACAUUCUCACAGGCACGUCCUCACACAAUUGGCGGCAGUGUCUUGCAAAAUCAACUUGUCAAGCACCUUCCCGUUGCGUUCACCUCUCAGUUCCCAGCGGGCACCGAGCUGGCCUAUGCAGCCAUCCCGACAAUUAGCAGCCUACCGCGCCCGCUCCAAGUGGAAGUCCAAAAUGCCUUUGCGACGAGUCUGGACGUUGUGUGGCGCGUGCAGCUGAUCAUCAGCGCUGUCGGGAUGCUUGCAAGCCUUUUCAUGCGCAGCCUCCCACUGCACACGGAAACAGAUCGGAAGUGGGAUGCUACCGCAGCGACAGAUCAAUGA